AAAAAAGCUUGAGAAUGAGCAAAAUGAUUUUUCUUUAUAGAUUUUCAGUAGUAAGCAGUAGAUAACUGUCCCUGAAUGUGUGGAUCUCCCCUAUUCCCUCUCAUAAUUGCCAAUUGUUGAGUUGUCUUUGGGGAAUUUUACAUCAACUAUUGAUAAUUCCUUUUGUUUGUUUUGUUUACAACUAUGGACUUUUUUUUUUCUUCUCUUUCCAUUUUCUCUCAAUAAAACACUUUUUGAACAAUCAUCAACUUCUUAAAUCUUAAAUGAUCUACAACUGAGUGUUCCCUAACAAACACAAACUUUGCUAUUGAAGAAAAAAGAAAAAUUGUAAGAAAAUACUUCAAUAUAUAUAUUUUUGGAAAUUAAAAUAAUAAUAAUAAUUUUUAAUUUUGCAUUGGAAACCUUCUACAACAUAAUAAAAAAUAUAUAUAAUAUACUCUUUUUAUUUUCUAUUCUUGAAAAUUUAAAUCAAACACAACCAAUUUUCAUCUUCUUCCAAUCUCUCUACUCUUGCUAUCGUCUUCUCUCGAAAUUCCCAUUCCAUUUUCAGAAAUGGAUGCGGCUGUGAACGAGAACGAGUCUUUGAAGCUUCGCAUCCGAAACUUGGAGCAAGAGCGUGAUGAGUUGCAUAAGGAUAUUGAGCAACUAUGCAUGCAACAAGCCGGGCCUGGCUACCUUGCUGUUGCCACUAAAAUGCAUUUUAAAAGGAUCGCUGGCUUGGAACAGGAGAUUGAGAGCUUACAACAGAAGCUUGCUGCUUGCUCAAGAGAGAAUCUGAAUCUUCAAGAGGAGCUUUCAGAGGCUUACAGAAUCAAAAGUCAGCUGGCUGAUCUUCAUAGUGCAGAGGUUGCAAAGAAUAUCGAAGCAGAGAAGCAGGUUAAGUUUUUCCAAAGCUGUGUAGCUACUGCUUUUGCUGAACGGGAUAAUGCAAUAAUGGAGGCUGAGAAGGCAAAGGAGAAUGAGGAAUUCAUGUCAAAGAAAUUCAAUGAUUUACAGAGGAGGAUAGAGGAGCUCACAGAAGAAUGUUCUGCACAAAAAAAGCUUACAGAUGAACUGCAGGUUAGCUUAGAAACAAAGGAGGAGCAGAAUGAAACUUUUAAGAAGGUUGUUGACCAGUUUUAUCAGAUCAGGCAACAGUCUGUUGAUGGAUCUCAGGAUACAAGUUGGGAUUAUAAAUGUGCAUGUCUUUUGCACGAUCCUAUAGAAUUUUGGAGUUUUAAUGAUACAACAACAACUAAAUACAUUAGUGCCUUGGAAUCAGAAUUGGAGAUGGUGAGGAAGUGUGCAGAUAGUUUCCAACAUAAGCUGCGAGUGGGUUUGGAAAUUGAAAAUCAUUUGAAGAGGAGAGUUCGUGAAUUAGAAAAAAAGAUGAUUUAUACAGAUAAAAUGAUGAAAAAGAGUAUCGAAGAGUUACGCCUUUGUCAUUCUGAGUCUCGAGUUCAAGUCGUGAAUUUACUUGAUGAUGGAAAAUCCUUUAUCAAAUCAGUUGCAGAUGCAAUAGACGAAAAGAUUAGGCAAUUUGAGACAAGAGAACCAAACAUUUUGGAGCCUUCAUCUAGAGAAGAUAAUCAUGAUGAAAAUGAAUGUCGAGACGUACACAUAAACACUGAUGUGGAUCAUGAUUUACUAUCUACGAGGGAUAGUCCUGACGUUACGAUUGAUAGGAAGAGUGAUGCUUCUGAAGCUCUAGCACAAGCAUUGCAGGAUAAGGUUGCAACAUUAUUGCUUUUGUCACAGCAAGAAGAAAGGUAUUUGCUGGACAGAAAUGUGAAUGCUGCUCUUCAAAAGAAGAUAGAGGAACUUCACAGAAACCUACUUCAGGUUACAAAUGAAAAAGUAAGAGCUCUGAUGGAGUUGGCACAGCUCAAGCAGGAACAUCAACUUCUUCGAGAGAAAAUUUCUGGUAACGUUAAUGCAGAAAAAAUGUUGGCUGAUGUUGGGGGUAGAAGUGUUGUUGCUCAUGAAACAGGAGGAAGAUUAACAAACUUGCUGAAGAAAACAAAUUUGAAACGCUGGGUUGGUUCACUAGACUUUAGAGGACGCGACGGGGAAUUUCAUCUCAACAAUGAAGGGAACUUCUUUGGCAGAAAAUCUGAAAGCAUGGACUUUGCCAGGAUGAAAAUUGAAAAUGCAACUCUUAAAGAGAGCAUGGAAAGUAUGGAGCAUCUGAUUUCUUCAAUUCAUAGGCUUCGUCUCUCUCUUCUUGUAAAGGCCAAAGAGUCAGAGACUUCCACAGGUACAGUUGCUUUAAUGCCAGAAUCUCUAGAUGAGAUAAUCUACGAGGCGAAACUUGUUAAGACUGCUCUUGGCAGCUCUUUACCAAUUAGCUGGUCUGCAGAGGCAGAUUUGGGGUUGGAUGGUGAAGGACUUGGCAAAGAGCAAGGUGACAUUUCCGGGAGCUCCAGGAAUGAAAAGAUAGAUUUUGUUGCUGCUGCAGGAUUUGAGAUGGUGGAGCUCUUGAUACUUGCUGCUCAGAUCUUGAAGGACAACACCAUGAAAGCGACUUUGGAUGCUGAGUGCUGAUGGAUCUUGUAAUCUGUUUCAUUUGGCAAUGAUUAUGGUGCCUAAAAUUCCACAACCAUGACCCGUUAAGCGCUUGUGUGGAACGGAAGAGGUCAAUUUACAAGAGCACUGUAAUACAGGUGGAUUUCAUUUACAUUGUCUUGUCUAUAGUUAACACUUCUACAAUCUUUGUAUUAUGAUUAUAUUUCAGUAGAAAAGUAUCCUGAAAAUUGGUUUGUUGCACAUACAAAGUGGUAUGUACAGUGAUGAUGUAUCUAGUCUAGAGUGCAGUGUAUCACCAAUUCACCACAACAGAUGAAUCUAUCUAGACAUGCGUCACAAAUCAAUAUUAUCAAUAUUCUAUAAAUUUAUAUAUGUUUCUAGUAACUAAAA